CCAAAAUUAGUGAAAUUAGAAGAAAAGCAAUCCCAUUUUGAUUCCUUAUCUCCCCUUUGCACCCCUUUCCAUUAUUAAUCUUCUUCACCGUACUCGCUUCCUCAUCCCCAUCCUCAUCCUCGUCCUCUCAGCCCUCGUCGACCCUUUUGAGGGCGACGGUGGGAUCAGAAGAGAAAACAAAAAUGGUGCCGCCGUCGAAAACGCAUCAGCUCCUGGAGAUCAACAUCAUCUCAGCCCAGGAUCUCGAGCUGGUGUCGAAAUCCAUGAAGACGUACGCCAUGGCGUGGAUGAACCCGAAGCGAAAGUUCACGUCGCGCGUGGACGACCUUGGCAAGAAUAAUCCUACGUGGAAUGAGAAGUUUGUGUUUAGGGUGGAGGAGGAGUUUCUCAAGCAGGACACCUCCGCCGUCAUGAUCGGGAUCUAUUCCAACAAUUGGUUCUGUGACGUCCUCAUUGGCACCGUGCGCUGCCUCGUCGGAAAACUCAUCCCUCAGACGGGCCGCUCUCACAACGGCAAACCUUAUAUUGGCAUGCGCUUUGUUGCUCUUCAGGAAUGCCGCUUGACCAAAGGCAACAAUGCCAAACUGAUCAAGAUGGCACAGAAGGCGGAAAAAGGCCAAAACUGGGUGGGUUGAUCAAGGUGGUGAUCAAGCAGUUAGCCGGGGGACCACUGCAUUCUAGAAGGAAGACACGUGAGGCUGAUGCGCUGGAAAGCGAUCCUCAAUCAGUUAUCAAGGACUACAUUCUAGAAGGGGACACGUAUCGGUGCGUAAGCUGCGCAAGGACGAAGGUGAAUCAUCAUUCGGUUAUUGAAGAACCACUACAUUCUAGAAGAAGGGCACGUAUCAGCAGAUGAGACGCUCAAUCCCAGCAAGGACGAAUAUUCGCUGCCAAAGUUGUUAUCGUAGCUGGAGGUUGUGUGAAGCACCUAUAAAUAGAGGAUACAGCGCCAUAGUGAAGAUAUUCUCUCCUUUUCCUCGCCUUUAGUUUAGUUUUUCGCCUGUCCCUAGUUCCAAGUUCUUCCCCAAGUUCCAAAAUAGCCUAGUUAAAUAGUAGAAAUGGUCAGUUAGAAGGAGAGCGACUGAAGGGAGCGCGACAAAGAAAUCAAUAUCUGUUCGGCGCCGUCUCAAGUUCCGACCGAGGAUUUCUCGGCUUUAUUCGUUUUCUUAUUUUCUGAAUCUGUUAGCUUAGUUAAAUUUCGUUUUGUUACGUAGUUAAAGAAUAGUUCUUGUUUUGUAUUUCGCAAGUUCACAGCACUGUUUAGAGUUC